CCCGCCCCCUGCCGGGGUCUCUGUGGAGCCGCGGACGCGCCUGCUUUGAGCAUCUCUGGUCAGCUAGGCGUGAGGCCCUGGGGCUGCGGCUCCCGCCGCCGCCGCGGCUCGGUCCUACCUCGACAUGGCCAGCUCCGGAGAGGACACGCCCAGCGAUGGCGACGCACCCCCCGCCGCGGCCGAGGUGCCGGCCGGCGCCCACCUGCUGGGCUUCUCAGACGAGAUCCUGCUGCACAUCCUGAGCCACGUCCCCAGCACGGACCUGGUGGUGAACGUCCGGCGCACCUGCCGGAAGCUGGCGGCGCUGUGCCUGGACAAGAGCCUCACCCACACCGUGCUGCUGCAGAAGGACUACGAGGCCAGCGAGGACAAGGUGAAGCAGCUGGUGAAGGAGAUCGGCCGGGAGAUCCAGCAGCUCAACAUGGCCGGCUGCUACUGGCUGUCGGGCUCCACGGUUGAGCACGUGGCCCGCUGCCGCAGCCUGGUGAAGGUGAACCUCUCUGGCUGCCACCUGACCUCCCUGCGCCUCUCCAAGAUGCUGUCGGCCCUGCAGCACCUGCGCUCCCUGGCCAUCGACGUGAGCCCCGGCUUUGACGCCAGCCAGCUGAGCGGCGAGUGCAAGGCCACGCUGAGCCGCGUGCGGGAGCUCAAGCAGACGCUGUUCACGCCCUCGUACGGGGUGGUGCCCUGCUGCACCAGCCUGGAGAAGCUGCUGCUCUACUUCGAGAUCCUGGACCGCACGCGCGAGGGCGCCAUCCUCUCGGGCCAGCUCAUGGUGGGCCAGAGCAACGUGCCGCACUACCAGAGCCUGCGGGUAUUCUACGCCCGCCUGGCGCCCGGCUACAUCAACCAGGAGGUGGUGCGGCUCUACCUGGCCGUGCUCAGCGACCGCACGCCCGAGAACCUGCACGCCUUCCUCAUCUCCGUGCCCGGCAGCUUCGCCGAGAGUGGGGCCACCAAGAACCUGCUGGACUCCAUGGCCCGCAACGUCGCACUGGACGCCCUGCAGCUGCCCAAGUCCUGGCUCAACGGCUCGUCCCUCCUCCAGCACAUGAAGUUCAACAACCCCUUCUUCUUCAGUUUCAGCCGGUGCGCGCUAUCCGGCGGCCACCUGAUCCAGCGCGUCAUCAACGGCGGCAAGGACCUGCGCAGCCUGGCCAGCCUGAACCUCAGCGGCUGUGUCCACUGCCUGUCCCCGGACUCGCUGCCGCGCAAGGCGGAGGACGACAUCGACAGCGGCAUCCUGGAGACGCUGGUGGAGGCCUGCUGCAACCUGCGGCACCUGAACCUCUCGGCCGCCCACCACCACAGCGCCGAGGGCCCCGGCCGGCACCUGUGCCAGCUGCUGGCCCGGCUGCAGCGCCUGCGGUCCCUGGCCCUGCCCGUCUGCUCCGUGGCCGACUCGGCACCGUGGGCCGGCUGCAAGCCCGCCCAGCCCGCCAUGCACGCGGUGCCCUGCGGCUUCGGCAAGAAGGUGCGCAUCGGCGUGCAGACGAGCCCCAGCCCCUUCCCGGGGCAGGCGGGCCCCCAGCCGUCCUCCGUGUUCUGGUCUCUGCUGAAGAACCUGCCCUUCCUGGAGCGCCUCGAGCUGAUCGGGUCCAACUUCUCCUCCGCCAUGCCGCGCAACGAGCCCGCCAUCCGCAACUCCCUCCCGCCCUGCAGCCGGGCGCAGAGCGUCGGGGACUCAGAGGUGGCCGCCAUCGGCCAGCUGGCCUUCCUGAGGCACCUGACGCUGGCGCAGCUGCCCAGCAUCCUGACGGGCUCCGGGCUGGUCAGCAUCGGCCUGCAGUGCCAGCAGCUGCAGUCCCUCUCGCUGGCCAACCUGGGCAUGAUGGGGAAGGUGGUCUACAUGUCUGCCCUCUCGGACAUGCUGAGGCACUGCAGGCGGCUGAAGGACCUCAGGCUGGAGCAGCCCUACUUCAGCGCCAACGCCCAGUUCUUCCAGGCACUGAGCCAGUGCUCCGCGCUGCAGCGGCUGUGCCUGGUCUCCCGCAGCGGCACCCUGCAGCCUGAGGCCGUGCUGGCCUUCAUGGCCCGCUGCCUGCACGUCGUCGUGUGCCACAUGUUCACCGGCGAGUCCCUGGCCACCUGCAAGAGCCUGCAGCAGACCCUCCUCCGGAGUUUCCAGGCGGAGCGGCCCGCGCUGAACGUCGUCAUCUUCCCCCUGCUGCACGAGGGCCUGACCGACGUCAUCCGGGACGUCCCCAUGGUGCACCUGGACGAGAUCACCCUGUUCAAGAGCCGAGUGGCCGAGGAGCCGCCCAACCUGUGGUGGUGAGGGGUGGCCAGCAGCAGGCCGAGCCCCUGCCCGGGCCACCUCCGAUCUCCUCCGCCUCACCUGCCGGACACCAGGACCCCCGGGUGGGUCACAGGAGGAAAGGAGGCCUCUUCCUGGGCCCCUGACCCCCACCCAGCCCCCCGGGGCUUCCGACGCUUCCUCCUGUUUCCUCCGGUGAGGACCCCUCACUCAGUGGACCGUGGGCUGCGACGGUGCGAGGCGGACAGGCAGGGCAAGCGGGUGGCAGCCUCUCUCAGACCCGGCCGAGGGCGGUUUUGAACUGAGUCACAGACCGUGAUGCCCUGGCUCCCUGGGGCUCCGGCCCGGUCCCCGGAGCGCCGUCUGGCCCACACUGCCCCUCACUCCGACCCCCAGGAGUGUCCCUCUGCUCACGUGUCCCUGGCCACCUGCCACCGGGCUGCACGGAUGGGUGGCCUGAGGCCCAGGGCUGGGGGAGGCUGUGCAUGUGGGUGGGCGUGCUCCCCUGUGAGAUGCGCGGCCCCUCCGGUCAGCAGUGCCGCAGCGAGGAGCUUGGAAGUCUUGUGGCUACAGGCGUGGGGGCUGUCUUUCCCAGUAAGACACGCGUGCACCCAGCUGCGCCUCCGGUGUUUCCUGCCAGCCGACGUCGGACCAGGUCCAGGCGGUGCUGGGCGGCGCCCGGGGCGGGGUGGGGGGCUCCCCCGCGGCCGCAGUUCCCUGCGGAGGUCCGUGCUUCUGGGGCAGCGGACGGGCGGGUGCGUGGCAGGGCCGCGCGGGGGUGUUUGAGGCCGGAGCAGUGACCGGCCUCCCCAUCCCAGAUGGCUGUAUUCUGCACUUUAAAAGUCCUGCGCAGCUGUUCCAAAACUGAGGCCCGACCUCCCAGGGUCCAGGGUCCAGGGCCCAGCCCCCGCACCCCCGUGCCCAGCUGCAGCCCCUGCCUUCUCGGCCUCGAGGCCCUCCCGUGCCGGGCGUUGCUGGGCGGCUCCCCACGCUGGGCCUGGCUCAUGCUGCCCUCUCCCUCUGGGCUGGGGGUGCAGAGCCCACAAGGCCCUGCUCGCAUCCAGCUGCCCUGCUGGUCCUCGACCCUCCAUCUUCCUACUCUGUUUCCAUGGUGACGGUCGCCCCAUUCCACGUAGCUCGUCCUGCAGUUGACGUGCUGUUAACGCACCGGGGACCUGGCCCCUUGGGAUCACUCGCACGCCCCUCCCUGAGGUUGAGAAGGGCGCACUGUUCUGCAGUCCUCGUCCUGGGGCGCAGGCCGCCAGUGCUCUGCCGCCCGAGCGCAGCCUGUGCGCCGGCUGCCGGCAGCUGCGCUUUGCUCCGCUCCGCCCCGACCGGGUGAUGGCGUGUUUGCAAAGGUGCAGCCGGGCGAGCGCUCCGCCCCCGUCCCCCAGUUCUCCUGCCGUCUUCUGAGCACCACGGGGCACCCUUCCUUCUCCUGGGCUGCAGCUGGGGGCGCUCUGUCUCCAGGUGAGUGCCCCCCCAGCGGCCUCCAUCCCACCCCGAUUUGCAGCCUUCACCUUCGUGGGCCUGACCCUGCGGCCCAGUCCAGUCUCUCUCGGCCUCGAAGGCUGCGGGAUGGACCCCCCCGGGCCCCGAGGGGCGGGGCCGAGCCGCUGUGGGUGAGGGUCUGAGAGGCGGGAGCUUCGCGCCCCCCCAAUGCCUGGACUUUUUUCCCCCGGCGGCACCUAGAAACCACCAGGUGAGGGCGAUGGGGAAGGUGGGAUGCAGCCCAGGAGGAAGACAGGUGACCCAGUCGUCUCUGGGGCCCCCGGCGGCUCUGAGGGUCCUCUCCUUUCACCCAGAGCCCCCCGGGAAGGAAUCCAGAGGCUGUGGCUGUGGCUGGAGCCCUUGUCUGACGGCCGCCCCGGCGAGUGCGCACCCCUGCCCGGGAGUGCCGCUCACGCCAACUGACGGUGGGGGUGGGGGCGCGGGCCGCGUCGGGAAGCGGGGGACCAUGCUCCGUGUCCCCCACGACCAUCCUUUCCCCGAGAGCGGGACGUUCCGCCGCCCCUGCACCCAGACAGGGCCCACCAGAUGCUAGUGAUGCGCUCAUCCUCUCUAAGUGCCGUUUUGGCACCGGUGUUAACUGCAGUUUGCAUUCUGCAGCAUCUACACUGGGAGGAGAGCCCACCCUAAUGGUCCCCAGUCGGCAGAGCCGGGCUGUUAGGCGGCGGGCCAUAUGCUGCCUGCGGAGAGGGGCCUGGCGCGUGUGUCUGUGCGCACACCUGUGCUCGGCUCUGCGCGUGUGAUUGAGUCACUUGUGGACACUCGCGUGUGCGUGGUGUGUGAGCGCGAGCACCACGAGGGAGAGGGGAUGAGGAAGGAGAGGCCGGGCGUUUACCGCUUUGUGAAAAGAGAGAGCCCUGCCCCCCCUCCCCCCCGCCGCCCCGAGGCUCUGCCCAUCCCCCUGUGCCCGCGCCUCUGCCGAGAGCCCAGGAGGCCGAGCGGGCACACCCUGCUGCCCCGUCCGUCUGACGGGGACUUUUCUCCCUGCCUCCCAGGGCCCUUCUGAGCGCCGAGCAGACGCAGCUCCAGGGACCUUCGUCCCAGGCCCGUGUGCGCGGUGGGAGGGCGCUCUCUGCCCUGGCCGGGUCUGCAGACACCCUGGCUGGGGGACGGGGGCAGCUCCGCAGGGCUGGACGCCGAGGGCCGCCCUCCCGGGGCCGCGGGGACCGAGCGUGGCAUGGCCUGGGCUGGAACAGCGGGCAGGGGGGCCUCGGGAGCGUCUGAGAGGGGCACCCGCCGCCUGCUCCUGCCCGGGGCCCUCCGGCCCGUGCCCAGGAGGCCCCUGCCCAGGGCACACGCCCCAGGCCUCGGUGGCACCGGGGCAGCGACAGCCUCCUGCUGCCUUUUUCGCCGCGUCCUUUGCUCCUUUCGGAUCUGAGAAUCGUUCAGACCGUGUAAGAGAGGAACGGGAAACUGCGGGUGAGGAUGCCGGCGUGUGGGUGUGGCCGUUGGCAGUGGGUCCCAGGGUUUCAGCCGGGACACCGGAGGUGAGGGGCUAUGGGUGGGACGCGGGUGCCCAGAGUCCCGUGGGCUUGCUCCAGUCCCUCCCUGCACUGCCCGGAAAGGGACAGGGUUGUGCGGGCGAGGCUCAGUGGCCCUGUGGUGGUCACCGGUCUCAUCCGCCCCAGGGACGCAGGGUUCUAACCAGAAAUGUCCCGGGGUGACCCUGUGUUCUAAAGCUCCCCCAGCACUCCAGGGCGGGCUUUGCGUCACUGCUGCAGGGGCAGAGCACCUCCCACUGCGCUCCUGGCCGGGGGACCGGGGAUCAUGGUGACCGCGGCUGCUCUUGGCCAGGGCCUGGACGGGCGGGUCUGAGGAGGCCACGCUGCCAUGCUCCCCGGCGGCGGCGGUGGGUGUGGGCCGGCCCCUGCAGGGGCGAGGGCGACACGUGGCACACACGGCGGGCCCGGUGGCCCCCCCGGCUGAGGACGCCCCACCCCAGCCCGCCUGCAACUCAGACGGGAGACAGCUGAGCCCAGCGUGCUCCCCGCGGGCGGCGUAGCCUCUGGGGGCCUCACGGUUUGUGUGCUCGGCCAGGCGCUCACUGACCGGAUGCGUGUCACCUGCCUUGUGAUGACAGACCUCGUCCGCCUGGCGACGCCUGCUCCUGAGUCGUGUGUUCUCACCGCGUUUUGAGUGGGUGUUUUCAUGUACAUUUGCGGCAUGUGGAAAGUUUCCAAUAAAGCGGGCUUGGUUUGGAAAA